UGUAUAUUUUACAUUUUGAACAUAUAAUUUUUUAAUCAUUGACCACUUUUAAUUGGACAAUGCACAAGAUGACCAUUUGAGAUGUCGCCACCUUAAAAAUUUACAUUGUUGAAAAUUGAAACAUUAAAUAUCAAACAUUGUUUAGUUGAACGGAUAUUAUGUGACAUGUAUGUAUAAUCUAUAAUUGCGACAUGGAACAUAUCAGCUAAAUACUCAACACGUGCAACAUUUCAGGUGAUGAAUCAGUAAGCAAAGGUCAGGGAUUUAGACGGGCGAUGCAAGGACGACUAAAGUGGCUGAUUUGUGCAGCUUUAGCAGCUACAGUAGUGUUCAGUUUGAUGACUUACUUCGACCCGGUUUCCUUAUGGUUUCAUCACAAGGUUAAGGAGACCGAGAUCCAGCAUACACGCGCACAAACAGUGGACAAAGAACAUCAGCCAGCAACACAGAAUAGUUCAACCCUACAGGACAUCGAUUGGGAUGUCGGUGUACAGAGACUUGACCCGAUUGUUUACAGUGAACCUUGCAGUGGAACUAUUAACGAUUCACGUCGCACCACCUUAUUCAAGGACUAUGACAAGGUGCAACACUAUUUAGAUGACUUUUUCGGAAGCAUUGCAGACAUAAACGCGCUCCCCAAGGACGCAGAUCCGGUGUUCAUAACUGGUGUUUCGUCCAAUCACUUACGAGAGUCCAUGAAUAUGUUUAACAACUUCAACUCUGUGGUGCGGAAGAUGAAACCAAAUGUGCGGAUGAUUUUCUAUGACUUGGGUCUGCAGGCCGACGAACCAGACCAGAUAAAAGCAAUAUGUCAGUGCGAAUACAGACUGUUUCCGUUUGAAUAUUUCCCGGCCUAUGUAAAGGAACUGAAAGGGUAUGCGUGGAAACCGUUGUUGAUAAUGAUGGUUUUGAAAGAGUAUCCGUUCGCCGUGUGGAUGGAUUCAUCCAUCCUCUUUACAACAAGUAACAUAUCUGGUCUGCUCGACAUGGCUCGCCGUCUGGACGUUAUCUGCACACCCGGAGGUGGAUCCGUAGCUCUUCGGACACUUCCGGUGACGUUCGGAUUUUUCCGAGAGAAAGCAUGCACCUUCCGGAAACUUCCCGAAAUACAGGCGGGAUUUUUUAUUGCGCGGACAACGCCGUUUGUUGUCCAGAAUAUACUCAAGCCCUGGAUUGCCUGCGCCCUUGUGAUUGACUGCAUUGUACCACACGAUGGGUGGCAGAAGUAUUAUCGUUGUGGCCUUCACGGUAACGUGUAUGGGGAUUGUCACAGGAGGUUGCGCUGCGGGUUUGAUGCCCUGAGAAGCGACAUUAAUAACUAG